AUGGCAACCGUCCUCCUCAUUCUUGACGUCCAAAACGGGGUAAUCGACCGCCUCGACAACACAGAGCCCUACCUUGAACGCCUCGCGUCAACCGUUGCUUCCGCACGCAAGGCCAAUGUGAAAAUCAUCCACGUCGUCACCGGCUUCCGCCCAGGCUAUCCAGAAAACAACCCAAACAACUCAUCUGUACCCGCUGUCGUCGCACGCGGUGAAUAUCUCGAAGGCCACUCGUCCGUGCAAGUCCACCCGUCCAUCGCACCUGCACCUGGAGAAGUGGUCCUCACCAAGCGUCGUGUCUCGGCCUUCUUCGCUACGGAGCUUGAGAUGCUUUUGCGCUGCGCAAACGCUGAGUGUAUCGUUGUCGUGGGCUUGAUCACCAGUGGAGCGGUGCUGUCGACUGUUCGCCAGGCAAUGGAUAUGGACUACCGCAUUACAGUCUUGGAGGAUUGCUGCAUGGAUCGUGAUGAGGAGCUGCAUCGCGUCCUGAUGGAGAAGGUCUUUGCGCGCAAGCUGGAUGUUGUUUCAGCGAAGGAGUGGGUCGAGAAGCUUUCCAUUGUGGAGGAGCGCUAA